AUGAACCGGCUCUCAUCCUCCUCCUCGCGCUGCUUAGAUUGCAGGCGCGCAUUUUCUUUGAGUCCAGCUCUCCCCAGUGGCCACAACCGCUGGUCCAAAAUCAAGCAUGAAAAAGGCGCGGCGGACCAAAAGAAGACCGCUCAACGGAGCAUCUUCUCCAAGAACCUGACGCUCUACACGAAGCUGUACGGGCCCGACCCGAACUUAAACUCGGCGCUCGCCAAUGUCAUUGCUGUGGCCAAGAAGGCCGGCAUGCCGAAAGCCAACAUCGAUCUAGCCGUGGCGCGGGGGCAGGGCCGGUCGACGACGGGCGAGAAGCUCGAUAGCGUCAUGUUGGAGGUGAUGAUGCCGCCGUCGGUGGCCCUGGUUAUCGACAUCGAAACGGACAACAAGAACCGCGCGUUGCAGGAUCUCAAGCUGCUGGUGAAGAAGCACAAUGGCACGGUCACGCCUACGACGUUCCUGUUCACGAAGCGAGGACGGACGGUGCUCAAGAGCGAGGCGGCGGGAGAGGAAGAGUUCGACAACGCGUUUAUGCAGGCGGUCGAGGCGGGCGCUGAAGAUGUGGAGCAGGAUGAGGAGGGGAAUAUUGUCGUCUGGACACGACCCAACAUGACGCAUCAGACAGCGCAAAGUCUGAGCACGGCCAUGAAGAUGGAGAUCUUGACGUCGGAUGUUAUGUGGGUCCCCAACGCGGACAAGGCUAGGGUCGAUAACGAGGAAGCCGCUGCCGCUCUGGGAGACUUUCUGGCGGCAGUCCGGGACAAUGCGGAUGUACAGGCAGUGUAUGCGAAUGCGGAGAGGGGCGACGUGUCAGAGGACGUGUGGAGGUCUGUAGAGGAGAAUCUCGACUUGUGA